AUGGCGUCAACCGGUAAAGAUGGAAUUGACAAGAGCAACAAAUAUGAUCGUCAGCUUAGACUGUGGGGUGAUCAUGGACAAGCUGCUCUUGAGUCAUCCAGGGUUUGCCUUGUCAAUGCUACAGCCACUGGUACAGAAAUCCUGAAAAACCUCAUUUUACCUGGGAUUGGUGCAUUUACAAUAGUUGAUGGUUACAAAGUUCAAGGAGAAGAUGUGGGAAACAAUUUCUUCCUCACCAAAGAUUCCCUAGGCGAGUCACGGGCUAAGGUAGCUACAGAACUGUUGGGAGAGCUGAAUCCUGAUGUUACCGGGGACUUUGUAGAAGAACAUCCAGAAAAGCUUCUACAGUCUGAUCCUAGCUUCUUCAACACUUUUACCAUGGUAAUAGCUACAAACAUGUGUGAAAGGACUUUACUACAACUGAGUAAGCAGCUGUGGACUAGUAACAUUCCACUCCUUGUGUGUCGUUGUUAUGGGUUUAUUGGCUACAUGAGACUGGCAGUACAGGAACACACAGUGAUAGAGUCUCACCCUGACAGCACCCAUGAGGACCUGAGGUUAGAUAAGCAGUUUGAUGGACUGGUUACAUACUGUAAUUCACUUGACCUUGAGACAAUGAAUAAAAAGGACCACUCCCAUACACCAUGGCUGGUCAUCCUGUAUAAGUAUCUACAGGUGUGGAAACAACAGCACAAUGGUGAACCUCCUAAAAACUACAAGGAAAAGACACAGUUUAAAGAACUUAUCAAGCAAGGCAUACGUAAGAAUGAAGACGGGUUUCCUGAGGUAGAAGAAAAUUUUGAUGAGGCAGUAAAAAGUGUCAACAUCGCCUUAGUCCCUACCAAGAUCUCAAGCAAUGUGGAGAGCCUUUUUGAAGAUUCCUGCUGUAAGGAGUUACAUUCAGAUAGUAAACAAUUUUGGAUUUUGGUGCGUGCCAUCAAAGAAUUUGUGGAAGAGGAAGGAGCUCUCCCACUGCGAGGUACCAUCCCUGAUAUGACAGCCGACUCCGAGCGCUACAUCCAGCUCCAGCAAGUGUAUAGAGACCAGGCGGCACAUGAUGUUUCUGUAGUAACCAACAAAGUUCACAACCUGGUGCAGACUUUAGGACGGGGUGGGCCUACCAACAUCGCUCCACCACCAGAGUCACCAACUGAUCCAGGUAUUUCAGAACAAGAUAUCAGAUUAUUUUGUAAAAAUGCUGCCUUUCUACGAGUAGUUCGAUGUCGCAGUCUUGAGGAGGAAUACAACAGCGCUACAGCACGGAGCCAGGAGAUAGAGUCUCAUAUUGCUGACGAGGAUAGUGAUGAUGAGGUAGUGUUUUAUGUGCUGCUGCGAGCGGUGGACCGAUUUUAUGAGGAGUUUAAUCGCUUCCCUGGCUGUUACAAUGACCAGGUGGAGCCUGACAUUCCCAGACUCAAGGUCUCUUUGGUGAAGGUUUUACAGGAAUGGGGCUUGUCACCUACAAUCAAAGAUGACUAUAUCCAUGAAAUAUGUCGAUAUGGUUCAGCUGAGCUGCAUACAAUAGCUUCCUUUAUUGGGGGUGCUGCAGCCCAAGAAGUCAUCAAAGUUAUCACUGGUCAGUUUGUUCCAAUAAAUAACACCUAUAUUUACAAUGCAAUGAAACAGACUUCAAUCACUGUGGAGUUAUGAUUGACAGUGUUAUUAGCUGUACAGACAAAUGUACCACUGACCAUGGAACUGUUACACCAUCACUGUGGAGUUAUGAUUGACACUGUUAUUAGCCGUAAAGACAAACGUACCACUGACCAUGGAACUGUUACACCAUCACUGUGGAGUUAUGAUUGACACUGUUAUUAGCUGUACAGACAGAUGUACCACUGACCAUGGAACUGUUACACCAUCACUGUGGAGUUAUGAUUGACAGUGAUAUUAGCUGUACAGACAAAUGUACCACUGACCAUGGAACUAUAAACAGACUGUGAUUGAUUCCAUCAAGAUAGUGGCAACAGUUUUUGUGAGGUUUCAGAUAUUGUGUUAUUACAAUAGAUGCCAUAUUUCUUUUCUCACCCUGGAACUGUAGGAUUAUUACCCUGAAAGUGUCAGAUUUUCAAGGCAACUCUCCAAAAAAAUGAUUUUUUUUGUCCUGCAAACUUUAUUUUGUUAUGGAAAUUAUCAAAAGAAUUGGAAUUGUUACCAUGGAAACUACAUCAAGUAGUGCUUUUUCCUGUGUCUGACAGCAAUUAGAAUCUGCUGAUAUUUAUAAAUGUAGGUACAGUUUCUGAGAGGUGUGUUAUCCAUUACUGACCGAUGUGUUCUAUAGAUACAUUGAAGUAUUGUGAUUCUGGAGGACAAGUCUAUAGUCUCUGAGUGACACUUAUAUGAUAGUACAAAUAUUUAGUGAACAAACCAAUUAUUUUAUGCUUGAUGUUUAAUGAUUUUUCAUUGAAUAUGAAUUAUGAAUAUGAUAGAAUGUCAUGAUACCAUGUCCAUCCAGCAUCAACUUUUCCCUUUUAAGUGCUUCUUCUCAAUAACCAAACGUCCAAGAAUCAUUAUGUUUGCCUGAAAUGUUCCUGGGAUAAAGCAAGACAAAAUGUGCAAAAAGAAAUAAACUUAACCUCACAUUCAAAGUCACAGGGGUCAGGUUUAUGGAAACCUUAGGCAAAGAACUAUGAUUCAUGUAUUUUGCAAGAAGGUUCUUUGGAAAUAGCCAAACAAAUUGUAUGGAAAGAAAUGACCUUGAUGCCAUAUUCAAGUGACAGUUGUGAAUUUUUUUAAAACCCAUAAAUGAAUUCUUCUCUUCAACCAAAAUGCAUAUGAUUAUUAUAUUCAGUGUGAAGGUUCCUUAGAUACAGCCCAACAAUCAUUUUGAUGAAAAGAAUUGACCUUCAGAUGUUAAUGAUGUAAAAUGUUAAAGUAUUUGUGACAAACAUUGAUUACCAGGUGUGUAAUGCAGGUCUGUUGACCUAAAAACAUUGACUACCAGGUGUGUAAUGCAGGUCUGUUGACCUAAAAACAUUGACUACCAGGUGUGUAAUGCAGGUCAGUUGGGUCUAAAAACAUUGACUACCAGGUGUGUAAUGCAGGUCUGUUGACCUAAAAACAUUGACUACCAGGUGUGUAAUGCAGGUCUGUUGACCUAAAAACAUUGACUACCAGGUGUGUAAUGCAGGUCUGUUGACCUAAAACCAUUGACUACCAGGUGUGUAAUGCAGGUCUGUUGACCUAAAAACAUUGACUACCAGGUGUGUAAUGCAGGUCUGUUGACCUAAAAACAUUGACUACCAGGUGUGUAAUGCAGGUCAGUUGGGUCUAAAAACAUUGACUACCAGGUGUGUAAUGCAGGUCUGUUGACCUAAAAACAUUGACUACCAGGUGUGUAAUGCAGGUCUGUUGGGUCUAAACACAUUGACUACCAGGUGUGUAAUGCAGGUCUGUUGACCUAAAAACAUUGACUACCAGGUGUGUAAUGCAGGUCUGUUGACCUAAAAACAUUGACUACCAGGUGUGUAAUGCAGGUCUGUUGGGUCUAAACACAUUGAUUACCAGGUGUGUAAUGCAGGUCUGUUGACCUAAAAACAUUGACUACCAGGUGUGUAAUGCAGGUCAGUUGGGUCUAAAAACAUUGACUACCAGGUGUGUAAUGCAGGUCUGUUGACCUAAAACCAUUGACUACCAGGUGUGUAAUGCAGGUCUGUUGACCUAAAAACAUUGACUACCAGGUGUGUAAUGCAGGUCAGUUGGGUCUAAAAACAUUGACUACCAGGUGUGUAAUGCAGGUCUGUUGACCUAAAAACAUUGACUACCAGGUGUGUAAUGCAGGUCUGUUGACCUAAAAACAUUGACUACCAGGUGUGUAAUGCAGGUCUGUUGACCUAAAAACAUUGACUACCAGGUGUGUAAUGCAGGUCAGUUGGGUCUAAAAACAUUGACUACCAGGUGUGUAAUGCAGGUCUGUUGGGUCUAAACACAUUGAUUACCAGGUGUGUAAUGCAGGUCUGUUGACCUAAAAACAUUGACUACCAGGUGUGUAAUGCAGGUCUGUUGGGUCUAAACACAUUGAUUACCAGGUGUGUAAUGCAGGUCUGUUGACCUAAAAACAUUGACUACCAGGUGUGUAAUGCAGGUCAGUUGGGUCUAAAAACAUUGACUACCAGGUGUGUAAUGCAGGUCUGUUGACCUAAAAACAUUGACUACCAGGUGUGUAAUGCAGGUCUGUUGACCUAAAAACAUUGACUACCAGGUGUGUAAUGCAGGUCUGUUGACCUAAAA